AUGGCAUACUACACUCCUAUAGGAUGCUCCCCCUAUAAGCUUGUAUUUGGAAAGGCAUGUCAUUUACCUCUGGAGUUGCAACAUAAAGUUUUCUGGGCUAUUACCUUGUUGAACAUGGACACUAAACUUGCUGGAGAAAAGAGGUUGCUCCAACUGAAUGAGCUGGAAGAAUUCAGAAGUGAAGCAUUCGAGAAUGCUAGUCUUUACAAGGAGCAAAUGAAAAGAUGGCAUGACAAGAGGCUGGUGAUAAAAGAACUGGGGGCUGGUGAUAAGGUACUCCUCUGCCGAUCAAGACUGAAAUUGUUCCCAGGGAAGUCGAGAUCCAGGUGGGAUGGACCUUAUGAAAUCCUUAAAGAACUACCCAAUAGAGCAUUCAUUAUUGUGAAUGAAGCCAUCGCAAGUACCUUCAGAGUAAAUGGACAAAGAUUGAAGAAAUAUAACAGAGGAGCAAUGGAUCGAGAGGAGAUAACUCUUCCUCUCGAUUAA